UGUAGGGUAAAUAACAGCUGUGACAGACAUCGUCAGGAUGAGAGUGAUGUGAGGAGCGCAACUGCGGAAUACAAUUCGUAUUGUUCAUACACUUAGUCAAUGAGAAAAAUUUUCCUUCCGAUGAUUAGCGACAUAGUCGUCAAUUUUUGGCUUUCAGUUUCUCUACUACUUUGAAUCACAAGCGGGAAAUUAAAUAACGAGCAGCUGCUGUACUGCUAUUUGAAGUAUUGGCAUGUAUUUUGUAACAAUGUAUGUUGGAGUAUAUUUAGUGCCCAUGGCAAGUGUUACUCAAAGCUUCAUGGUUACAAGAUGCAAAGUAAACAUAUUGUAACAUGGGUUAAAAGGUGUCUGUACCAAUGCGAUCCUCAGUAAGUGUUAUUUUAUCAGAUCCAGCACCAGAUGCAAAUAUGUCUCAUCCUGACUAUGAACAGACAGCUCAUGAUCAUGCUGCAGUACUUGUACUUGUUAAACAGAUAGGAAGCCAGAUUAAGCAGAAAAAUUUUAAUCGAAUCUUCGAUCGAAUUGCACGUGUGAACCAUAUAAAAGUAGUAGACUCAAAUGGAGUGUCCCGUGAAGUUAUCUCCCGUUAUGUAAAAGACUAUCCUGUAGAAAAUAAUGAUUGGGGAGAUUACCAGACACAUCGCCGUGUUCUUGGCCUAAUUUCUGUCGGCAAAUAUGAUGGUCAACAAGAAUUGAAUGAACUGUGUAGAGUACAUGAAUCUUUGAAAGUAAAGUAUUCAUCUACGCUGUUUGAUUCACGCAGUGUACUACUUGGCCUACCUGCUUGUAAUAGCUAUGCAAUUGAUGCAUCUGGCAGUACUGGAGAUGAAAAUAUCCUUCGUACUCCUUCUAACUUCAAGACAAGAGCCCUUUUUUAUCGCGAUAGUGAAUCUUGUGAAGGUAUUGAGACUCAGGUCUCAGAGUUUCUGUCAUCACUCUUUUGGGUAUUGGAAUCCAAGCGUCUGGAGCGAAGUCGUGAAAAAAUUGAUCGGGUGUCUCUUCUGUUGGCUCCCUUUGAAAAAAAAGAUUUUGUAGGCUUGGACCUAGAAUCACGAAGUAGCCGUAAGCGAUGUGUUGGCAGGAUGACAAAGCACCUUGGAGACUUGUCACUUCAAGCAGGAAUGCUAGGAGAUGCUCUUAGCUACUACAGUUCUGCUGCUGACAUUUUGCGCUCAGUAAAUGAUUGGUUAUGGCUGGCUGGAGCUUUUGAAGGCUUGUGUGCUGCAUCCGUGGUUGUACUAUAUCCUGAUUUAUCACGAAGUGUUCCAUUACAACGAAAUGCAUCACUACAAGAGGGCAGCCCUGGCAAACAAAGAUCGAAUUCUUUGUAUAGUAAUUCAUUGCCCAAUGGUAUUACACCACCUGAAAUGCAACAAGAUAUUCAGAAUGUGCUACCACAAGAGGAAAUUCCAAAGCGUUACAGAGAGGCUAUCAUUCAUUACAGCAAGUAUCAAAACGCUGGCGUUAUUGAAACUGAAGCAUGCUUUAAAGCAGCUAGAGUAGCUGUUGAACAAGGAUAUACAUUGCAAGCUGCAUCAUUUCUCCAAAAUGUCAUUUUUAUUAACUUACCAUUAAAUGAGCAAGAAAAGAUUCAGAGAUUCACAAAUUUAUCAGAGUUGUACACACAGAUAGGAUUCCACAGGAAAGCGGCUUUCUGCAAGAGGUUAGCUGCAACGAGAUACGUAUCUGCUCAGAAUCCUCAACCAAAUUGGUCUCAGUGCUAUCAUUUAAUGUUGCAAGCGUUAUCUGGCCACAAACUUAGUCUGGAUCCUACUGAUUUCCCUAAAGAUGGCAGUGUGCACGGAUGGCCAGUUCUCCAAGUUCAACUUGUGCAGGAACUGGUUGUAGCUGCCCGACGUAUGGGCCAUUCAGCGUUAGCAACAAGACACACUACAUUCCUCCUCCAAGCUCUUUGGGGUGCAUUGUCUCAAGCAGAACGUAAGGACCUCGCUAUGCAGUUACAAGCAUUGGCAGCACAGUGUGAAGGAGCACCAGUACCACUUGUUCUUGACUCUGGGACUGUAGUACCACCAGCGAAUCUUACUCAUCUACCACAGUUGAAGUGUUUCACUCUUCAAAAUUUAGUACCACAUCUUCGACCACAGAAAAUAGAAAAACUGAAAGAGGAUUCAGGCCCAUUUCUGUUUACACCAAUUCACUUUGGUUCCCUAGACAGGAAAAGUACAUCAUCAAGUUCUAAAAUGGAUUACCUUUGGGUCGUUGGAGACACAUGUGAAGUUCAUAUGGAAUUUUACAAUUUGCUGCCGAUGGAGUUGAUGGUUUCAAACAUGCGCCUCCUAACUAAUGGAGCUGUGUUUGAGAGCAUACCGUCAUCUCUUUGUCUUCCACCAGAAUCCGGGCCACAUCCCAUAUCUCUAUCUGGCAUUCCAAAAGAACAUGGCGAACUAGAAAUACUAGGUUAUUCUACUCACACAUUAGGUGUGAAAUCAAACUGCAGGUUGCGUCAUAUAGCAGGAUUCCCUCAGACACAUUUUUCGGUAGACAUAAUUCCAGCUUUACCUCAAAUGCAGGUUUCAACAUCACUACCAAAAAGUACAACAUUCAGCUCAUUAGGAGCAGCAGCACAUGUUGUUACAAGUGCUAGUAUCACACUGUAUGCUGGUGAAACUGCGGAGUGCAGUGUGUCCAUCAGCAAUGUUGGAGAGCAGCCUAUUGAAAUGCUGGAAGUGUCUGUGCAGUCUACAUUGGAGCCAAGUGUCCAGCAAAAAGUUUUCCAAUGGAGCCAAGAAAACCUUCAAGCCCAGCUUCCAUUGCAACCUGGGGCUACUGCCAGCUUCACUGUCUACCUUUAUUGUGUAGCAGAUUUUCUUUCUCCUGGAUUUUUUAAUGAAAAUGAGAUGAACAGUCUGAUGACCGGAAGCCAACCAGUAAGCUCAGUGUCAGAUCCUAGCUCUCUCCCAUCUCGACUGAGUUCACCAUCAUUAAGCAAAGACCAGUACCUUCCCAGGAGAGCAGAAAUAAUGUCAUCUUUCAGGUCAGCUGCAAGCAGCAAUUCUGGCAGUAGUGCGAGCUCAUCCAGGUUCAACACUCUUAAGAUGUCCUCCCCAACCACUCCUAAGGUUCUUGAAGGUCAGCUAAAGUUGCGCUAUUCUGGGGGUCCUGGGCUGACAGAUGGAUAUUGCCGUAUGUGUGCUGUAGCUAUCACUAUAGAAAUGCUGCCAUCCAUCUACAUCACUAACUGGGAUGUGCUUCCUGCAGAAACGAGUGCACAGUUUUAUUUAGUUCUUGACGUGGCGAACAGCACAGGAUAUGAAAUGGAGUUGCAGUAUACGUCUUCAAAAUGUAUACUCAUAGAAGCUAGUGAAUCUUGUAGGAUACCCGUACCUGUCAACCGUUGCCCUCUUUCAAAACUUGCUAAGCUGUAUCAGAUAGAGAAACUAACUGCAGAAGAACAACAGGAGCUCGACGCAGUGUGUAAUGAUCACAUUGCUUCUUUUGUGGACUUGCGAUGGCGGAUGCCAGCUUCAGACACGAAGGGUCGUAUCUCUCUGAGUGGUAUAACCCUCACCCCUGAAAUGCUUGACCUUGUUCGCAUGUCACCACUGCAGUGGGAAAUAACUAUAAAUCAACAGCCAGUGAAGUCCCAAGAGGAAGUGAGUUGUCAUACAGGACAGUGCCUGCGAUUAGGAAUCACUGUCUUCAACUAUUUGGAAAGACCACUUUGGCAAGUUGUGAUGACAGUACAGUUCUAUCAAGAUCAUCAAAAUGGUGUCAAUAAUUAUCGACUAGAGACAAGGCUGGCUUGUGCUGGCUCAACGAAGGUUCUGCUACCAGAGCUGGUAGAACAAGGUAAUGCAUACCACGAAUGCAGUGUCAUUUUCUUCACACCAGGUCAGUACAAAAUUGAUAUUCAAUGUCUAUCACAAGAUAAUGAUGAAAAUUUGCAAGACAAAAAUUUAGCCUUCAGUGACGUAGGACACACAUGGAAAUACAUACCACCUGUUACAAUUACAGUUGUUGAUGCAGAAUAAAUGGGUUUAUAAAUUCAUUCAAUUUUAAUGGUUUCAGCUGUUUCAGCUGAAAGGACAGCUACAAUAUUUACUCACUUAAGUUGAGCAGGUAGUACCCUUACAUUACUUUCUGGUGCUGUGACAAUAUAUAGGAAACUAAAAGUUCAGUUUAGUUACAUGUUGUAAAUACAUUAUUUGUGCCAUAAAUGUAUAAAGCAGAUAAUAAGAAACAAAACAGUACAUAUGUAAAUAAAAGCAGUUCUAGUUUAUUGUAAACUUAUUGUACAUUUGCGAUGAAGUUAGUUUACAGCUGUUAACAAAACUGUAUCAGAUGUGUAAACACUAUACUGAUGUCAGUGGUCAAAGUAAAUAAUUUUUAUAGA